CUCACAAUAAUCCCAGGCUGUCUCACGGAGAGUGACUCUCUCUCGCUAUAAUCUCAGACUGUCUCAUGGAGAGUGACCUGUCUAUCGCUAUAAUCCCAGGCUGUCUCACGGAGAGUGACCCGUCUCUCACUAUAAUCUCAGGAUGUCUCACGGAGAGUGACGGUCUCUCACUAUAAUCCCAGGCUGUCUCAUGGAGAGUGACCAAUGUCUCUCAUUAUAAUCUCAGUCUGUCUCAUGGAGAGUGACUGUCUCUCACUAUAAUCUCAGGCUGUCUCACGGAGAGUGACCCGUCUCUCACUAUAAUCUCAGGAUGUCUCACGGAGAGUGACGGUCUCUCACUAUAAUCCCAGGCUGUCUCAUGGAGAGUGACCAAUGUCUCUCAUUAUAAUCUCAGUCUGUCUCCUGGAGAGUGACUGUCUCUCACUAUAAUCUCAGGAUGUCUCAUGGAGAGUGACCCGUCUCUCCCAAUAAUCCCAGGCUGUCUCAUGGAGAGUGACCCGUCUCUCACAAUAAUCCCAGGCUGUCUCAUGGAGAGUGUCUCAUGUGAGCUGCUCAGUUGUGUCUGGCAGUAAUUCGGGUACAUUCUGGGCAUUAUGGUGAGUGCAGGGGGGGGGGGGAGAGAUUAAACACAGACGUUCCCCAUCACCGUGACAAAUCUCCUCCCUGAGGCGCCACUAAUUAAAAGCCGAAAGAAAAGCAAUUAAUAAACAUUGUGAGAAGCUCAGAGAAUCCCGGGCCCCACUGGGACACACAUAAAAUAUACAGGGGCCCAAUGGAUUGAUUGAUUCUCCUGUCAGGGAAGACUAAAAGCCAAUCAUAAAUAUGUAAUGUCUCCAGAUAAACCAAUUUCCCGGCAACGCCAAAACUGUAAUUUCUCCCAUUUAUAUGGAUUAAACAUCGGCGCUCCUAUAGGAUAACAUUGUGCAGCAGCCUGGCGGGCCCCUUACACACUGGCACUAGGGGCCACAUCAAUGCAAUGAUGUCUCUAUGGUGCAGAAUGAUAAACCAAUGUGCUCAUUUUAAAUAUAAAAAUAGUGAAAUUACUUAUGAUGCUAGAGACACAUCUAUCUACCCAAUGCCGGGGGGCUCCUGAUAUCCCAUGAUGCUCUCUGGGCAUUGCUGGGUCACAUUCAUCUGCAGACAGAACAAUAUCACUUUGUACCAAUCAGAGCUGCAGGCGCCUGGCAUCCUUGGCAUUUGCUGACUGUCACUUUAUCAGCCAGUCAACAAAACUGUCAUUCAUCCACCAGUCACAGAAACACUGCCUGUAACACUAAUAAUCUGUCAUAUCACCAGUAAUCCCAGUGCAAUGCAGACCAGUAGAACCAGUAUUUCCAGUGCAAUGAGGCCCAGUAGCACCAGUAAUUCCAGUGCAAUCCAUCCCAGUAUCACCAGCAAUCCCAGUGCAAUGAGGCCCAUUAGCACCAGUAAUUCAAGUGCAAUGCAGCCCAGUAGCACCAGUAAUCCCAGUGCAAUACAUCCAGUAUCACAAGUAAUCCCAGUGCAAUGCAGCCCAGUAGCACCAGUAAUUUCAGUGCAAUGCAGCCCAGUAGCACCAGUAAUUCCAGUGCAAUGAGGCCCAGAAUCACCAGUAAUCCCAGUGCAAUGCGGCCCAGUAUCACCAGUAAUCCCAGUGCAAUGCGGCCCAGUAGCACCAGUAAUCUCAGUGCAAUGAGGCCCAGUAUCACCAGUAAUCCCAGUGCAAUGCGGCCCAGUAUCACCAGUAAUCCCAGUGCAAUGCGGCCCAGUGGCACCAAUAAUCCCAGUGCAAUGCAUCCCAGUAUCACCAGGAAUCCCAGUGCAAUGUGGCCCAGUAGCACCAGUAAUCCCAGUAGUAGCAUUGCAAUGUGGCCCAGUAGCACCAUUAAUUCCAGUGCAAUAAGGACCAGUAACACAAGUAAUCCCAGUGCAAUGUCACCCAGUAGCACCAGUAAUUCCAGUACAAUAAAGCCCACUAAUGCCAGUAGUAGCAUUGCAAUGUGGCCCAGUAGCACCAGUGCAAUGAGGCCGAGUAGCACCAGUAAUCCCACUGUGAUGCAUCCCAGUAGCACCAGUAAUCCCUGUGCAAUACGUCCCAGUAGCACCAAUAGUCCCAGUGCAAUGCAUCCCAGUAGCACCAGUAAUCUCAGUGAAAUGUAUCCCAGUAGCACCAAUAGUUCCAGUGCAAUGCAUCCCUGUAGCACCAGUAAUCCCAGUGCAAUACAACCCGGUAGCACCAACAGUUCCAAUGCAAUGCAUCCGAGUAGCACCAGUAAUCCCAGUGAAAUGUAUCCCAGUAGCACCAGUAAUCCCAGUGCAAUACGUCCCAGUAGCACCAAUAGUCCCAGUGCAAUGCAUCCCAGUAGCACCAGUAAUCCCAGUGCAAUGCUUCUCAGUAGCACCAGUAAUCCCAGUGCAAUGAAUCCCAGUAGCACCAGUAAUCCCAGUGCAAUGCUUCCCAGUAGCACCAGUAAUCCCAGUGCAAUGCAUCCCAGUAGCAGUAGCUGGGGAGCCACAAGACUGAAUAAGUAACCACAGUGCAAAUGCAAGGAUGGCAGUUAUUCAAACCACUAAAGAAGUGAAAUGUGCAAAAAAUACGCAAUUCAAUUCGCCAUGUUGCAACUUC